CACUUUUCACUUUGGAAACACAAGUUCAGACACCUGAAACAUCCUGUCCCUACUCAGCGUGGACUGUGAGGACAAUACCUCUAAUUGAAUGGCCACAGCGCUACUAUCCGCCUCUACCUGGGAGAUGGAGAACUAAAGAAAGACUUCAGUCUGUCAAGGCAGACAGUGAAGGCCUUGGUGGAGUGUCUGGGAUACACCAAGGACCAUGGCUGAAGCAAAGACCUCGAAGUGGGGAUAUAUUUAUACUGGCUGGCCAGUGCCACCUCGUAUCGGGUGGUGUCAGGAGCCUUUGGUGUCCCCAUCACCACGGUUCAUGAUGUUGUUCAUCGAGUCGCUGGAAGUAUCAUCAGCAUCAUGAAGAGGGUGGUUCAUCUCCCUGCUGCUGAUGAGCUAGAGGGAAUAGGGGAAGGCUUUGCCCACCUGGCUGGCUCUCAUGCCUUCUGCAGAGCGGCUGGCAGCAUUGAUGGGACACACAUUAGAAUCAAGCCACCUGCAGCAAACAAAGAAGACUACCUUAACAGGAAGCUCUUGCAUUCAGCUGCAGGUGGUGUGUGAUCACAAAGGCCGCUUCCUUAAUACAUAUACAGGACUUCCGGGCUCUGUCCACGAUGCCAGGGUCCUGCGGUGGAGUUCUCUGUACGUACACCAACUCUACCCUCCUCAUGGCUGGUGUAUUGUUGGGGAUGGGGGGUAUCCCUGCCUGGCUGCACCAAUCAGCCUGAUGACCCCAUUCAGGGAGCCGGUGCAAAACCCUGUUCAUGCACGAUACAACCGGCAUCAUGCCAAAGCACGGUGUGUGGUGGAAAGGACGAUUGGCAUGAUGAAGACGCGGUGGCGCAGCAUCUUCCCCAAGGCCCUGGAGAUCAAGCCAACCUUUGUUCCUGCAGUGGUGUCGUAUAUACACAGGCAACUUUACUAUUACGCCAAACUAACCAUCGCAGCAACAUUUCGCCUCACUGUGUACAUCACAUAUGCUUGA